AAACUUUGUGAAAUAUGCUGCAUAGAUGUGUAGAAUGUUUAUAGCUAAUUUUACUUUACAAGUAAUUCAGUAGUAAUUAAAAAGACCUGCCCUGAGUUCUUUAAAUAAACAAUCUGUCCCAAGACACACCACAGGCUAAUACUUGUAAGAACAGGAGGAGGUGGUCUUACCAGGGAAGGCAAGUUGAGGGGCAAGGAAAAGGCAUCAGUAUAUCUCCCCAACUGACCACAUACAGCUUUCAAUCGACUUUGAGGUGAGGGACAGGAGAAGCUGAGAGAAUUUAAUGAUUUAAGAGUCUGAUGAUUUGCUUCUUUAUAUUAACAAAAGAAACAGGAACUGCAUAACUGUAUAAGGCUAUAUACCUGAGACUUCAAUAAGCAGGACAAAACUGAAGAAAUUAGCAGUUAUCAUCCAAAUAUUUUCAGAAAGACAUUGCAGAAAGGCUUGGCAGUUUUGGGGGGUAUCUUUAAACACUGGAGUAUUAACAAGGACUUACUUAAAGGAAUUUCUUCUGGACAAACCAAAAGAACUAGAAGAGGACAACUAGACCCCAUACCACACGGUCACUAUGAGUAUGACUGGCACUCUAGAGAAGGGAGUUGUUCACCAGGCCCUUGACCUCUCUGAGGAGGUCCCACCAAAUCACCACCAGGAGGUUCAUCUCCAGCACAGCAGCACCCCAGACUACACAUCUGCAGCUGGGACUCCUAUCAACGGCCCUGGGGUGGUGGUGCCUCCUCCAUAUUCUGCACCAAUAGCUGGAGGUGGUGAGGUUCCUCUUGAGCUGAGAGGCUCUCUGGACUGUUGGGCAUGUUCAGUACUCAUAACAGCCCAGAACCUGGUGAUAGCCACUAUUAACCUGUGCCUGGUUGCUCUGGUGUUCGGCCUGAUCCUCACUCCUGUCAUAGUUAUGGUGGUAUUUGGAUUUCUGUGCCACUCCACUGUGCAUCCAGGUGGUACAUCACCCUACUGUUCAGACCUGCUGAGUGACGGAGGCUGUGUGGCUUUGUUAAUCGUGGGCUUCCUGCUCGUCACCCCACUGCUUGUUCUGGCAUUGGCUGCCUACUGCAGACUGGCUCGUCACCUGCAGCUCAGCCUCUGUUUCAUCCCUUACAGUCGCGCUGUCUACAAAAACCUGCCUGCCACAUACCACCACGGCCUGGGAAGACGCUGCUGUGGACAAGACGCAGGUCAAGACAGAAAGAAGGGAAAAGUUUGGGUAUGACAGUGGAACUCAAUGAUGGGUCUCAGCGAAUUUUCCACUUGCCAUGUGUUUAAGUAAAAAAACUACAAUGGUUUCCUUCAUAGCUAUGUGUGGAUCCUUGAAACAUGUCAAAUAAAACCUCUAACAAAUUCUGUCAAAAGUCAACCAAAUUAUGCAAUUAUUUAGUAUGCUUUCACUACCUGCCUAAAAAUAGAAGCAAAGUGUGUUGAAAAGGAAAAAUGAGAAAGGUAAACAAAAUGAAUCAAAAAGAAGAAAAGCAGGGUCAUUGAAGGUCUAUUUUCAAAUCACCAUCAGAGAUACUUUAUAUACUCUCAAAAAAUGAAUUAAUUUCCCUUACUUAAUUUAACUGAAGAAAGAUUUUACACCCAAUUUACUUUAGUUGAUUCAAAAUAAACCAGUUUAGUUGGGUCAACACAGUUUAGUUGGUUAAGGUCAAAUUCAUUUACUCUAAUAUGUUUAAUUAACUUUAUUACAUUUGUCAGACAAAAUUUUCUUAUGUUGGACCAACGUAUUUUUUUUUUAUUAAUUGACUGAGGUUUAAUUAAUUUUCUUAUGUUUAAACAAGCAGUUUCAUUCAUCAUUAUACACAAUGUAUAUAAUGAACAAAUAAGAAAAGACUGUUGUCAGUACUGAUUAGCAUAAAUCACUGAGUGACCACAGCCUAAACACAAGCGCCACCCUUCAGUACAAUGAUAACCACAAAAUUCAAAAACAUUACGGAAAUGCCUUCAAAUGUCCAACAUACCUGUACGUUUAACACUAACAUGUCUUUCCCUUUACUGAAAAACACUUAAGCCCUAAAUUUACUCUCCUAAUGCAGUCCCUUGUAAAGCAUGCUGGGAACUACAGAGCCACUGCCCAGUUAGUUAUGUCAACAAAAAUGAUUCAUGUAAUUUUAACACAGAUGAAUUAAGUAAACUCCAGUUAUAAAUAUAUUAGGUGGAUUGAAGACAAUGAAUUUAAGUUUGAACAAAAUGUUCAAAAAUCAUGUUACUUUAGUUCAUACUAAUUAAUUAAAUUGAACAAGAGGCAAAAAAAAAAAACAGCAUUUUUUGAAUGUAUAACAAAUAGAUCACAUAUUUUCUAUUUUGUAUUCAAACAUACUCAUGUACACUAACGCUGAUCAAUAAACCAGGGUUGUUUCUGAGCUAUCAGUAAUUUACAAGUUAAUAUUUAAAGCCAACAAGACUUUUGUAAAUUUGUACUUUUCUCAUAAAAACAUUGGAUUUAUUUUUCUAACUAAAGCUGGACUAUAUGUUGUAUGCAUUUAUCACCCCAUAAAUUCUAGCCUUAAAAAUAAAACAUUUUAUA